GCUGAAGCAAGAUGGCCGGCAGCCGGGCCCCGGCGUGACCGCGCGCUGCCCCGCGAUGCCCCAGCCCCGCGGCCGCUGACCCCCGCCCCGCCGGGCGCCAUGUCGCUGCUGUGCGUCGGAGAGAAGUUCAACACGUACGUGACCUUGAAGGUGCAGAAUGUUAAGAGCACCACCAUCGCUGUGCGGGGCAACCAGCCCAGCUGGGAGCAGGACUUCAUGUUCGAGAUCAACCGCCUGGACCUGGGGCUGACGGUGGAGGUGUGGAACAAGGGCCUCAUCUGGGACACGAUGGUGGGCACCGUGUGGAUCCCCCUGCGGACCAUCCGCCAGUCCAACGAGGAGGGCCCGGGCGAGUGGCUCACGCUGGACUCCCAGGUCAUCAUGGCGGACAGCGAGAUCUGCGGCACCAAGGACCCUACUUUCCACCGUAUCCUGCUGGACACCCGCUUCGAGCUGCCCCUGGACAUCCCAGAAGAGGAGGCGCGCUACUGGGCCAAGAAACUGGAGCAGCUGAAUGCCAUGCGCGACCAGGAUGAGUACUCCUUCCAAGAGGAACAGGAGAAGCCACUGUCAGCCCCCAGCAAUCAGUGCUGCAACUGGAAUUACUUCGGCUGGGGGGAACAGCAGAACGACGACCCUGACAGCGCGGUGGACGACCGUGACAGCGACUACCGCAGUGAAACCAGCAACAGCAUUCCGCCGCCCUAUUACACCACGUCCCAGCCCAAUGCCUCUGUCCACCAAUACUCCGUGCGUCCACCACCCCUGGGGUCCCGGGAGUCCUACAGCGACUCCGUGCACAGUUAUGAGGAGUUCUCGGAGACACGGGCCCUUAGCCCCACUGGCAGCAGCCGCUACGCCUCGUCGGGGGAGCUCAGCCAGGCAAGCUCACAGCUGAGUGAGGACUUUGAGCAGAGUUUGCGGGGCUCCGAGGUGGAGGACGAGCGAGACCGGGAUUCCUACCACUCGUGCCACAGCUCCGUGAGCUACAAGGACUCGCCACGCUGGGACCAGGAUGAGGAGGAUCUAGAGGAGGACCUGGAGGACUUCCUGGAGGAGGAGGAGGAAGAAGAGGAGGAUCUGGAGGAGGAGGAGGAAGAGGACGUGCCUGACGACAUAGACAGCUAUGCCCAGCACGCCGAGCCGGCUGUGGCCGAGCCCAAGGACUUCAAGCGCAUUAGCUUCCCGUCAGCCACUUCGGGGGAGAAGGACAAGGGCCCCGCCCUGCCCACCGAGGCUCCCGACAUGGCCAAGGCGCCCCCCAAGCCAAAGACGCCAGAGGAGGAGCCUGGAGCUGAGCAGGCGCCCGAGGUCGAGCCCCCCAAGGCUGAAGAGAGUUUCAGACCGCAAGAGGAGGAGGAAGGCCAGGAGGGUCAGGACUCCAUGUCCAGGGCCAAGGCCAACUGGCUGCGUGCCUUCAACAAGGUGCGGAUGCAGCUGCAGGAGGCCCGGGGCGAAGGCGAGAUGGCCAAGUCCCUGUGGUUCAAAGGCGGCCCCGGAGGUGGUCUCAUCAUCAUUGACAGCAUGCCGGACAUCCGCAAGAGGAAACCCAUCCCGCUCGUCAGCGACCUGUCCCUGGUCCAGUCCAGGAAAGCUGGCAUUACCUCUGCCUUGGCCUCCAGCACAUUGAACAAUGAGGAGCUGAAAAACCACGUCUACAAGAAGACGCUGCAAGCCUUAAUCUACCCCAUCUCCUGCACCACGCCGCACAACUUCGAGGUGUGGACGGCCACCACGCCCACCUACUGCUACGAGUGCGAGGGGCUGCUCUGGGGCAUCGCGCGGCAGGGCAUGCGCUGCACGGAGUGCGGGGUCAAGUGCCACGAGAAGUGCCAGGAUCUGCUCAACGCCGACUGCCUGCAGCGCGCCGCCGAGAAGAGCUCCAAGCACGGGGCCGAGGACCGCACGCAGAAUAUCAUCAUGGUGCUCAAAGACCGCAUGAAGAUCCGUGAGCGCAACAAGCCAGAGAUCUUCGAGCUCAUCCAGGAGGUGUUUGCCGUGACCAAGAGCGCACACACGCAGCAGAUGAAGGCCGUGAAGCAGAGCGUGCUGGACGGCACGUCCAAGUGGUCAGCCAAGAUCAGCAUCACGGUUGUCUGUGCCCAAGGCUUGCAAGCAAAGGACAAGACGGGCUCGAGUGACCCCUACGUCACGGUGCAGGUGGGCAAGACCAAGAAGCGGACCAAGACCAUCUAUGGGAAUCUCAACCCCGUGUGGGAGGAGAACUUCCACUUCGAAUGUCACAAUUCCUCCGACCGCAUCAAGGUGCGCGUGUGGGACGAGGACGAUGACAUCAAGUCGCGUGUAAAGCAGCGGUUCAAGAGGGAGUCGGAUGACUUCCUGGGCCAGACCAUCAUCGAGGUGCGGACGCUGAGCGGCGAGAUGGACGUGUGGUACAACCUGGACAAGCGAACUGACAAAUCGGCCGUGUCGGGUGCCAUCCGGCUGCACAUCAGCGUGGAGAUCAAGGGCGAGGAGAAAGUGGCCCCUUAUCAUGUUCAGUACACGUGCCUGCAUGAGAACCUAUUCCACUUUGUGACGGACGUGCAGAACAGUGGUGUGGUGAAGAUCCCAGAUGCUAAGGGCGACGACGCCUGGAAGGUUUACUAUGACGAGACGGCCCAGGAGAUUGUGGACGAGUUUGCCAUGCGCUACGGUGUAGAGUCCAUCUACCAAGCCAUGACCCACUUCGCCUGCCUCUCCUCCAAGUACAUGUGUCCUGGGGUGCCAGCCGUUAUGAGCACGCUGCUGGCCAACAUCAAUGCCUACUAUGCGCACACCACCGCCUCCACCAAUGUGUCUGCCUCCGACCGCUUUGCUGCCUCCAACUUCGGGAAAGAGCGCUUUGUGAAGCUUCUGGACCAACUACAUAACUCCCUGAGGAUUGACCUGUCCAUGUACCGGAACAACUUCCCAGCCAGCAGCCCAGAGAGACUGCAGGAUCUCAAGUCCACUGUAGACCUUCUCACCAGCAUCACCUUCUUCCGUAUGAAGGUCCAAGAACUGCAGAGCCCUCCUCGAGCAAGCCAAGUGGUAAAGGACUGUGUGAAAGCCUGCCUCAACUCCACUUAUGAGUACAUCUUCAACAAUUGUCACGAGCUGUACAGCCGAGAGUACCAGACGGAUCCGGCCAAGAAGGGGGAGGUACCCACAGAGGAGCAAGGCCCCAGCAUCAAGAACCUAGAUUUCUGGUCCAAGCUGAUUACCCUCAUAGUGUCCAUCAUUGAGGAAGACAAAAAUUCCUACACCCCCUGCCUCAACCAGUUUCCCCAGGAGCUGAACGUGGGCAAAAUCAGCGCUGAGGUGAUGUGGAAUCUGUUUGCCCAAGACAUGAAGUACGCCAUGGAGGAGCAUGACAAACACCGCCUGUGUAAGAGCGCGGACUACAUGAACCUCCAUUUCAAGGUCAAGUGGCUCUACAACGAGUACGUGGCUGAACUUCCUGCCUUCAAGGACCGUGUGCCUGAGUACCCCGCGUGGUUCGAGCCCUUUGUCAUCCAGUGGCUGGAUGAGAACGAGGAAGUGUCCCGGGAUUUCCUGCACGGAGCCUUGGAGCGUGACAAGAAGGAUGGGUUCCAGCAGACCUCAGAACACGCCCUGUUCUCCUGUUCCGUGGUGGACGUGUUCUCCCAGCUCAACCAGAGCUUCGAAAUCAUCAAAAAGCUCGAGUGCCCCGACCCGCAGAUCGUGGGUCACUACAUGAGGCGCUUCGCCAAGACCAUCAGCAAUGUGCUCCUGCAGUACGCCAACAUCAUCUCCAAGGACUUCGCCUCCUACUGCUCCAAGGAGAAAGAGAAAGUGCCGUGUAUCCUUAUGAACAACACCCAGCAGCUGCGAGUGCAGCUGGAGAAGAUGUUCGAAGCCAUGGGAGGGAAAGAGCUGGAUGCCGAGGCCAGCGACAUCCUGAAGGAGCUCCAAGUGAAACUCAACAACGUGCUGGACGCGCUCAGUCGUGUGUUCGCCACCAGCUUCCAGCCGCACAUCGAAGAGUGCGUCAAACAGAUGGGGGACAUCCUGAGCCAGGUGAAGGGCACAGGCAACGUGCCAGCCAGCGCCUGCAGCAGCGUGGCCCAGGACGCUGACAAUGUCCUGCAGCCCAUCAUGGACCUGCUGGACAGCAACCUGACCCUCUUCGCCAAAAUCUGCGAGAAGACGGUGCUGAAGCGGGUGCUGAAGGAGCUGUGGAAGCUGGUCAUGAACACAAUGGAGAAGACCAUCGUCCUCCCGCCCCUCACUGACCAGACGGGAACACAAAUGAUUUUUAACGCAGCCAAGGAGCUGGGCCAGCUGUCCAAACUGAAGGACCACAUGGUGCGAGAAGAAGCCAAGAGUCUGACCCCCAAACAGUGUGCGGUGGUCGAGCUGGCCCUGGACACCAUCAAACAAUACUUCCACGCCGGCGGCGUGGGCCUCAAAAAGACCUUCCUGGAGAAGAGCCCGGAUCUACAGUCCCUGCGCUACGCCCUGUCCCUCUACACGCAGGCCACCGACCUGCUCAUCAAGACCUUCGUGCAGACACAGUCGGCGCAGGGCUCAGGAGUGGAAGACCCUGUCGGCGAGGUCUCCGUUCAUGUGGAGCUCUUCACGCACCCUGGGACCGGGGAGCAGAAAGUUACGGUGAAGGUGGUGGCCGCCAAUGACCUCAAGUGGCAGACGUCCGGCAUCUUCCGGCCAUUCAUCGAGGUCAACAUCAUUGGGCCCCAGCUGAGCGACAAGAAGCGCAAGUUUGCCACCAAGUCCAAGAACAACAGCUGGGCCCCCAAAUACAACGAGAGCUUCCAGUUCUCCCUGAGCGCCGACGCGGGCCCCGACUGCUACGAGCUGCAGGUGUGCGUCAAGGACUACUGCUUCGCGCGCGAGGACCGCACGGUGGGGCUGGCGGUGCUGCAGCUGCGGGAGCUCGCCCAGCGCGGGAGCGCCGCCUGCUGGCUGCCGCUCGGCCGCCGCAUCCACAUGGACGACACGGGGCUCACGGUGCUGCGCAUCCUGUCGCAGCGCAGCAACGACGAGGUGGCCAAGGAGUUCGUCAAGCUCAAGUCCGACACGCGCUCGGCCGAGGAGGGCGGAGCCGCGCCUGCGCCGUAG